UGAGACACUUUUUCUUCACUUCUCCUGGGUCCUUUAUAUUUCAUUUGAAAACCCAACAAAUUGGAAUUGAAAAUAUUGUGGGAUCAAAACCCAAGAAAGAGAGAAUAAUGGGUCACCUAUCCAAAGCUGCAGCUGCCUCUCUGUUUUUAACUCUGUUUCUGGUUUCCCACCAAACACAAGCGCAAGAUUUCAAUUCUUUGCUCCACAAUAACAAUGCUACUGGCUCAGAAGAAACUGUAGUAGCUAGAAAACUCGCAAGAGGUCAAUGCAACUGGUUCAGAGGUUCAUGGGUUUAUGACGCUUCGUAUAAUCCUCCCUACGAUUCAAACUGCCCCUUCAUAGAUCCAGAGUUCAACUGCCAGAAGUAUGGCCGCCCUGAUAAAUCUUACCUCAAAUUCCGAUGGCAACCCUCUUCUUGUUCACUUCCCAGGUUCAAUGGGUUGAAUUUGCUGCAGCAAUGGAGGGGGAAGAAGAUUAUGUUCGUGGGAGAUUCAUUGAGUUUGAACCAGUGGCAAUCACUAAAUUGUAUGAUUCAUUCUUGGGUACCACAUGUCAAGUACACUUUCAUCCCAUUCAGAAAUGGCUUAGCCUCAGUCACAUUCCAGGACUAUGGUGUUCAAAUACUACUAUACCACACAACAUACUUGGUCGAUCUUGAUAGCGAGAAGGUUGGAAGAGUGUUGAAGCUAGACUCCAUUAGGGGCGGUAACGCAUGGAGAGGCAUGGACGUCCUCAUUUUUGACACGUGGCAUUGGUGGACUCACACCGGAAGAACCCAACCAUUUGACUAUAUUCAAGACGGGGGUAAAUUGUACAAAGACAUGAAUCGGCUGAUGGCGUUUUACAAAGGGCUGACCACUUGGGCUAGAUGGGUUGAUCGCAAUGUUGAUCCUUCCAAGACCAAGGUCUUCUUCCAAGGCAUUUCUCCCAUUCAUUACGAGGGCAGGGAUUGGAAUCAACCUUCAAGAUCAUGCAAAGGUGAAACAACACCAUACUCAGGGGCAAGAUACCCUGCAGGGACACCCCAGUCAUGGGUAGUUGUUAACAAAGUUCUAAGUAGGAUUAAGAUUCCAGUUUAUCUUCUUGACAUUACAUACCUAUCACAACUGCGCAAAGAUGCACACCCUUCUGUUUAUAGCGGCGAGCAUUCCGGCACAGACUGCAGCCAUUGGUGUCUUCCUGGACUGGCAGAUACUUGGAAUGACUUGUUUUAUGGGGCUCUAUUUGGUUAAGACUCUAGACCGGCAGAGCUAAGCAAUGUUGUAUUUAAUUAGAGUCGCGUAUUCUUGAAACAAAAGGAUACUCAUUGUUUCAGAAGGUUAGAAAUUAGGUAUUGUUUAAUGUUCUUUGCAUUUCUUGUGCAUUCGAUAGCAAUAAGGGAGUUGGUGGUGCAAUUGUACAUUUCAUUCUUAUAUAUUGGCAGAGAGUUCAUUUGAAUUG